CCUGCCCGCGCUGCCACCGGAGCCGCCGAGGCACCCCCGGCCCUGCGCCCCCGCAGCCGGGGGGGAGCGGCCCGGGGAGGGGGCGGAAAGAAGUCACUCCCCUCCUGAGAGGUGUUGUCGUCCCCCUCCGGCUUUUGCGAGCUCCCCAGUGCCCAUACACUGGUCCCUGCCCUUUCUUCACCAGACAUGUCCUUGACUGGGUUUGGAAUGGGGGGGGAAGUACAAGCUUUUUAAUUAAAAGAGUCAGCUCAGGAGUAUUUUAGCAGCACUCCAGAUCCCUGUUCGUGUGUCCCCCCAGCAGUAAACACAUGGUGAAAAAUGAGCUGGGCAGUAUAGCCUGUGAACAGGAUUUAGCACUUGGAGGGAACCCAAGACAGAGCAUGAGAAAGUGCGGUCACACAAGGCAGCCCUUACUGCCCAUUCUCCCCUCAGCCCAGUUUAAGCUGCAGAAGAUGCAUUUUCCACUUAACUGGCGUCGGGCCGGAGAAGGAUCCCAGAAAUACCUCCUAGCUGAAGGCCUUCCCCUUUCCUCACGGGCUGCUCCGCGGGCACGAGCAGCGCUGCCGGUGCCGCUGCCGGCCCGGACCCAGAGCGGCGCCCGCACGCACCGCCCCGGCCGCCAGGGGGCGGGCGAGGCCGCGGCAGGGGCGCUGGCAGCGUCACGGCCCUGGGAAGCGGGAGGAAGGCUGGGCCGGAAUAUCCCUUUGGAAUGCUUUACGGGGAUGGGGCCUGGGAAAACCUGGGUCAGUGCUCGUGGACCCACCCGUGACCGAGCAACCUGCCUGCCCUGGGACAGCCCUCUGCAGUUACCAGGACUUUUGACUCCGAGGAAUGCGAGGCCUGUCGAAGCGGGUGUGGCUCAGGUGCGUGGUUGUGGGCGGACAGCACUCAGGCUGUUGUGGCACCUGUGUUCCUGUGAGCAUGGAUGAACUCUUACAUCGUCUAGGACUUUGUGACCUUGCAACAAUGGAUAUCCUACUUGCAUGAAGAAGUGGCCAUAAAGAGACGUAGUCACCAUUUAAUUCAAACUAAGAUAGCAUAAGGGUAAGAGAUAAGUGUUUGAGAACUAAUGCUUUUAUCUUGUUAAACUGUGCACUGAGAUUAAUGUUUAACAUCUUAUAGUUCUAUGAUGCACGUUGGAUUAUGACUCAACAAUGACAUUUGAACAAUCAUACAGUGCAAACUUGAAGUCUACUGCAAAAGAGAAAUUAAAUAUAAUGAAAAUAGAAACAAACAAAAAACAACUUAGAAUGUCUUAGAGGUCCCCUUUUCAUAUUGUAAUGUGUAGUAAUGACUCAAGAAAACUAAUGAAGAGAGUAACACGGCAAGAAGACCAGUGGGUAUUUUGGUUAGUUCCUGGUACAACUAAGGAAACCACAAAACCACAUCAAUCUCUAUUCUGCUCAACCAGUUACAACAGAAAACAUUUCUGAUUUUGUUUCUAGAACUGCAAACCACAAGAAUAAAGAUGGUUUUGCUCAUUCUCAGCAAUUACCCUAGAUUGCUUUCAGAACCUUAUUGACAUUUAAAAGUAGUGUCUCAGCACAGUGCUUGGGUGUGACAUGAAGCAAGCCAUGCAAGCAGUGGCACCACGCUUGCCUCAGGAACUGUGAAAUCUGAAUUCUGACUAUUUUCUACUUCUUACAUAUGGAUUAAAAUUGCUUCUGAUUUCAAGAAUCAACACAUCUCCUAGCCAUAUUUUAUGUCAUGCUACAAAGGGAAAAGAUGAUUAUCAGUGCAUUUAUAUAAUCAAGUUCAAUUUUCGUGUAUCAACUGCUUCACAAAAUAAGCAAUGAAUAAUACUAGUUGGGGAAAAAGAUUGUUCGCUUUUCUUGGCAGUUCUUAAGUGAUUCUUUAUAGCAGGACUGAUGACUACUAAUCUAGAGAUAAUGUUGUUUUCUUUGCUUAAAAGGUAUACCAUUACCUUAUGCCUGUGCUUUUUACCCAGCAGUAUGCAGCAGAUACAGCCAAGCAUGCACCUAUCCCACUGGUUUGGAAUGCUGCUGAGAUCAGUAGCCAAUGUUUCAGCCAAGUACCUAAGAGAUCUUAAAUUUGGUUGUUAUGUCCAGCCAUGCCCCGAAUGACAGCGCUGACCCAGAAGGGGUCCCAAAAGUUUUCUUAGCAAUGUCUGCAAAACCUUCUCAAAGCAGCUAUGCAAGGUGGUACAGGAUCCUUUAGUAUCCCUAGAGCAGGAUGGAUACACUCCAUAUGUCACAAUCAUUGGAGGACUAUGGAGUGAAAGCAAGGUUGAUCUGUUUAGAAAGUUUGCCCCCCACCAGUAUUUAUGACACAGAAAAUCCCUCCACUUUCAGCUAUAUUGGCUUCUGAGUAUGCAAGAGCAGAGCUGUCUAAACAGCUGCAGCACAGUCAGGAAUCUACGAACAUAUCUGGAAAUGUUUUCUGCUUCUAAAAAAGCCUGAACCUUGCAAGUAUAAUUAAAUCUUUCUGAAAAUGGAAAGUCAAAGAAUGGCAUUUUUCUUUGACGCAGAUCAUAGUCAAAUAGCUUUUAGUUUUAAGUAUAGCAGUACUUUAAAUCAACCACCGCAGUCUUUAAACUGGAAAUAACCUAGAAGCACCUCUGUGUUUGACAUCUGUAACAAAAUGAAUGCCUGGUUAGCAUUCUUCCUACCACAAAUUCCAUCAGUUCUUCUUUUUCCAUCUGGCAAAGUAAAGGUUAUGUAGAAAUUAGCUCAUAGGUUAUUGCAUACAAACAGUAAUCUGUUGACCAAAUACAUGUCAGGAACUUGGACUUUUUUCCCAAUUUAUGAAUCUUUUAGAAACAUAAUGAGUAGAUCAAAUAUAUGUUGAUGUUACAGAUAACUGUAUGUGACAACCAAUAUUUUUUGUGUAUUCAUGAUCCGGUAAAGAGAAAUAUGGGGAAAGUCACCUUUAUUUAGGAUAGCCAAAUCCAGAAAGACACCAAAAAAUAUAAGAAAUAUUUAAUAAUGGUAGGUGACUUAUAGUGAAAUAUCUAAGUCCUUCAACUUUUCCUAAGGACCAGUAAGCAAAAAUUUGUGUGAUACAGCACAAAAAUUCAGUUCUGAGAUUUGUGUGUUUACUUAGCAAGGGACUGUCUGAAAUGGUGGCAAUCUGUGCAGUGUCUAUGACCUAUUUAAAAAUGUACUGUAAGCCAGUCCUCCAUUUGGGUGUGAUUCCUAGGGAAACAGAUAGACUCAUAUGGCAGUUCCAUUUACAAUUACAAUUACAUUACAAUCACCUCUUAAACUGUUAAUGUUAACUUUUUAAGUUUUCUGUUAAUCAUCUCUAAAGUAGAUACUAUCUUAAUAUAGUUGUAGAAGAAACUAUAUGUUGUUCAAGAAAGCAAACAUUGAAACCAUUAUAUUAGAGCUUUGCAGCUUACAAAUGAUCAAAAGUGUGUUAAUCCUUCUUCUCAUUCCUUACAGAAGCAUUCAGAUAGUCUUCUAGUGACAAAAAAAACAUCUUCCAAAAAACAAAGAUAAUUUUGGAAGACUAAAGCUUUCCUAGUCUAAGUGUCUAACUAUAAAGUACAAUUGAGUACUAUAUAAUAAGUGAAAAAGUGAAACAAAUUCUUCUAUUUUCUGAGCAAUUUCCUGGGAGCUCUUUUUAUAGGAGUAUUCAGUAUUAAAGUCCACCAUAUAGAUUGUAAUCUGUGGAAUUGUUUUGACUAAGUACCCUUACACUUCUAACAUUAGUGGAUGAGUCCUUAACCAUUAACUUCUAAUAUUGCUGUCACUAUGUUAUUUAGAAUUAAAUAUAAAAAUCACCAAGGAAGAAGAUUAAUACUGCUAAAUACCCCAAAUGUACUUAAAAAUUUAGUUCUUCAAAUAUUGACCUUCACAAAACAGAAAUUAGGCUUACUUCAAAGAACUUUAUUUUUUAAU